AUGGCGUCGGCUGUGGCUGUGCAGGUGCGCGCACUGUACAAACGGCUCCUGCUCGCGCACCGGCUGCUGCCUGACGAUCUGCGCGCGAUCGGUGACCGUUACGUCCGCGAGGAGUUCAGGAGGAGCAAAGGGCUCGGGGCGGAGGAGGCGGACAGGUUCCUGAAGGAGUGGGAGGCAUAUGCAGAUACACUGCAGGCACAAGCUACGGAGAGUGUGAUGCAUCCCGUACCGAAGGCCAACUAUGGAAUUGACCUGACAGCAAAUAAACUAAAAGACUUUAAUGAAGAACAGAUUGGACAGUUAUAUGCACUAAUGCAAGAAGCUACAAAACCAGUUCAAUAAUAAAGGUGACCCUUAUCACAAGAAGUAAUUUAUUAAUUAUCACAAUAAUAUGCAGCCAACACUGGAAUUGUACCUAUUAUAUCUGCUUUCUAUGUAUUUUGAUUCCUAGAAAUAAUGAAUUCUGGAAAUUUGAAGUGUAAUUGUCUUGUAUACAGCAAUGUUUAACAGUUAGCCCAUUUGCUUUCAGCAUGUAAAUUGUGAACGGAUAGUAAUAUUUACAAUGUUUAAAAGUUUUAGAAAGAUCGAUUCAACUUUUUUCUAAUAAUAAAUUUGUGAAUACUGAACCAAAUUUUAUGUAAACUAUUUUUAAUGACAUACAUGUUGAGCAAUGUGUAACCAAUUUUGAUCAAUGAUAUUAAACGGCAAAUAAUUAAUAUUAA